CUUCACUUACGCCCAUCACCAGCCUCGAGUGAGUGGACACUCCUGCUCAUAUCCACGUUCUGCCAUAGUGACAUGGCGAGACGUCAUUCACGGUCAGCAUCCCCUCGCGGUAGAAACCGCGACAAGUCUCGGGAUAGGGAUACAGACAUACGGAAACACUCUUCUCGAUACGAUUCAGACGAGGAAGAUAAGCGCAGGUCGCGUCGUACCAGGAGCCGCAGUAGAGAUGGCGAGGAUAAUCAGCACAAGCACAGAAAGGACAGAAGUCCUAGCGAGGACCGGGAGCGGAAGAAGCGCAAGCGCGACAAAUCGGCGGAUCGCAAAGCACGUAAGGCAGAGAAGAAAAGAGCGAGGGAGGAAGAGGAAGCUCGCCAAGUGGCCGAGCUGAGCGUCUACAGUGCUACCGACAACCCUUUCCACGACGUCAAUCUCAGCCAACAGUUCCGUUGGCACAAGAAGAAUGAGAAGGAGCGUAAACAAGGACUCUCGCUUGAGGAGGCGCAGAGAAGGGAUGCCAUCCGAAGACAGGAGGCCAAAGAGGAGCUGGAGAGGUUGAACAAACGGCGUGCGGAACGAGAGGCAGAGCAGAGGUUGAGGGAAGAAGAGGAAGUGAGAAUGCAUAGGCUUGCGGAGUCUGCGCAGAUGGCGGAUUGGCUUGCCAAAGAGGGGGACUUCCAACUCGAACAAGAGCGUAGGAGGGCUGCUAUUCGCAUCAAGGAGAAGAGGGCAAAAGCCGUUGACUUUUUGGCACUCAACUUACGAUAUGUCAAUCCGCCUGACGAGGAGGAAGAGGAGACGGACGACGACGGCCUGGAAAUUGACUUGGACGAACCGUACAAUAUCUUUGAGAGUCUGUCUCCGGAGCAAGUCGAUGAAUUGCACGAUGACAUUGAGAAGUACCUGGGGCUUGAACAGUCGGAGGUUAACAUCGAGUUCUGGACUAACAUGAUGGUCAUCUGCAAAGACCAACUUGAUCGCAUCAAGGCAAAUAAGAGUCUCGGCGUCGAAGCUGCUGCGGCAGUGGAGUCGGACAUCACUGCGUUGUUGCAGGGCAAAUCUUAUGACCACCUGGUCGCUCUCCAGAAACAGGUGCAGGCUAAAUUAACCAGUGGAGAACCGAUUGACACCGACUAUUGGGAGGGACUGCUCAAGAAAUUGCUUGUGUGGAAAGCAAAGGCGAAAUUGAAAGCGCUACACGAGGUAGUUGUUCGUAACCGCCUCGAGCAGCUCCGCAAGAGACAACGCGAUGAAGCAUUGCAAGCACAAGAGGAGCUGUUGGCUGGUGUUGCCAAGUCAGCAUCAACGAGAGACGGUCGCAACAUCGUUCCUGUCGCGAGCCAUGCCCAUGAAGCCGAAGUAGCGGAAGAAGUUGAGGAGUACGAUAGAUCAAUGAGCCCAGAACUGUUGGAUAUCAGGAAGUUGCCAUAUGAGGAGCGACAAAUCGACAUCGUCUCUGUGAAGGAUGAUUUACGCGCUCUUAUGGAACAAAGGCGUGCUGUGGCAGCCUCGCGCUUCGUUCCGAAGAGUGCACAAGCUCCAGUCGAGGUGCCAGAUGUCGAGGCUCCGAGCGGGGCAGACCUUGCCUCCGAAGCCCUCUACCGAGCAGAGGCGGAGAGGGAGCUGGACGAGGAAGAAGAGCUCUUCAACGUCGAAGAGAACAUUCCCAACCCCACUUCGUACAACUGGGAGGACAAGUAUCGCCCGCGAAAGCCGCGAUACUUCAACCGUGUCCACACCGGGUACGAAUGGAACAAGUAUAAUCAGACACAUUAUGACACGGACAAUCCGCCCCCCAAAGUCGUGCAAGGAUAUAAAUUCAACAUAUUUUACCCAGACCUUAUCGACAAAUCAAAAGCGCCGACGUAUAAGAUUGUCAAGGAGCCCGGCAAUGACGAGACUGUCAUCUUGCUGUUCAGUGCUGGACCUCCUUAUGAAGACAUCGCAUUCAGGAUCGUUGACCGGGAAUGGGAGUUCUCUCACAAGCGCGGCUUCCGGAGCAGCUUCGACAGGGGAUGUCUAUCGCUUUGGUUCAACUUCCGCCGCAAUUUCUAUCGCAAGUGAUUGUAUUCGCUUACCUUCACCUCUUGCUCUUUUCUAGUUGAAAGCUCUGUAGUUUCUUCUCUCCAUAAUGCUGUCGAAUCCAUACAAUAAAUGCUCUUUCGGGUAGAGGUUUUUUUUUGUAUCUCUGGUGGCGGACGAAUAUCUCCUAUGAUCGAAUCGCUGCGCUGAUGGCGGGACCGCAAUCAUGAUCAGGU